AUGACCUCUCGAUUGUAUCCCACACCUUCCUCUUCUCCAGCUAAAAUGUCUACACACAACACGACCAAUGGCAUGAACAUCGAUGUUCUGAUGCAACAGCUGUCCGUAGCUCAAACAGUUCUCAGCCAGGCGGUUGAUCUCCUCGACAAUUACCUCACGUCGGACGAGCAGCUCACGGUGCACUCUAAGUUUCUUCCAGGAUCAACUAUUGGAAAGCACCUCCGCCAUGCGCGUGACCACUUCGUCCUUCUCGCAGAGUCUAUGAAUACUCCUCCGCCAUACAUUCUAUGCUAUGACACGAGAAUCCGAAACACACCCAUGGAAACCAGCCGGAGCUGUGCUCGUCAAGCUCUUGUGGAUACCGUGAAGCAACUUGGAGAGGUGGUCCCGGACUCGAAGCUGAAUGCCCCAAUAACCCUGCAAGCUAUCACUCCACAUAUGCACGAGUUCCAGACAACCUUCGGGAGAGAGUUGUGGUUUGCAAGUCUGCAUUGUGUACAUCAUUGGUCCAUGGUUCGAGUGAUCGCAGGAGAAAUGGGCAUCAAAUUGACGGACGAUUUUGGUUUCGCCCCAUCCACACUCGUAUACCAAGAUCGAGAAGCACCACUUGGAAAGGCGAAGAUCUAG